AUGUCGCAAAACCAUCCGAGGCCUCUGGCGCCCGCGACACCGAUGUACCCCGCAAUGAUUUCCGACCCGAACAAGUUUCGAUUACCCACCAAACAGCGACGGAAUAUCACAACAGCAUGCACCGCUUGCCAAAAACAUCGUAUCAAGUGUGAUGACGAUACCCCUUGUGCAGCCUGUUUGACGAGACAAACAGAUUGUAACCGCGAGACAGAAAAGGAUGGCCGCAGGAGGAUGGUGUGGAAGGAAAAGGUCGAAGAAUUGGAAUCGGAUCAAAAACUGCUUUCCCGUUUGAUGGAAGCGAUCCGAAAUGGUCACAAUGGUCAGGUGGAAAACCUUAUUGGUAUAAUCCGAACGAAUACAUCGAAAGAGCAAGUCUCCAGCUAUAUUGCCACGAAUUUCCCUCACGCAGCAGAGGAAGGGUCUCCCUACAAGGCAGCAACAUGGCAGCGGCCGCCACAGUCACCUGCAAGUCCUUUGUUCAGAGCCACAUUAGGAACCGCUAGGCCCUUGUUCAAGGUGCCAGCCAAACCUUGGACGACAGUCACAGAUGAUGACAGGCUCGUGUCGCAUCUCCUAUCACUAUGGUUUACAUGGCGCCAUUGGUGCUAUCCGUUUAUUGACCGCGAUUCCUUUGUCUCGGCCAUGCAAUCUGGACACGAGACUGAUGGAAUAUGCACGGCAGCUUUGGUGAAUAUGAUUCUGGCAGAUGCUUGCUUCGAUUAUGACAUUCUGGACGACGAUCAUGUCCGUCCGUCGGACGAGAAACCCCUACAAGAUCUCUUUUAUGAGGAAGCCAAGAGAUAUGCAGGGACAACAGCACGGAAGAGGUCCUUACCGUCGAUACAGUUCAUGGCGAUCCAAUGGAUGUUGUAA